GUUACACUACUUCUAGUGCUUCAUAUACCGAGAAAACGGUAUCGAGUUUUUAUAUUAGUGUUGGCCAGCUAUCCCCAAUGUCGCAUCGGCCAAAGAGGUACACAUCCAGCCAAUUAGGCCAGGAAAAUGAAUAGGUACUUCCAAAGAAGUCACCCCCCCCUUCCAGAGCCUCGUGGAUAUUUAGUAUGAAUAAAACGCAGUGAGUGUACGACUCCUAGGUAGCUCAAUUUUGUAAAACUAUUCCCCUGCCAUCAUACGGAUAACCUCUACAUCUUAGCCAAUUCGCUCUGUACGAUAAGAACCUAGUAGAACCGAAUUCCCUGGAUACAUAAUGGCUACCAUCGUCAGCACGUUAUACAACAACGGUGGACAACCUAUACCGACAUGCAUGGUAUGCGAUGGGCCUGGUAUUCGAGAGAUAACUAGAAAAUCGAAUCGAAAUGGGAAUGCCGGACGUUUUUACUAUAAAUGCCAAGAUUGCAAUCGGUUCAUUAAUUUCGACGACGACCGUGGCUGGAAUCCCCAGAACCCAAUCUGUUGCUGUGGAAUUCCCAGUAGAAGACAAAUCACCGGAAGGAAGAAAGUUCCCGGGAAAUUACAUUUCGUUUGUAGAUUCGGGAGCUGCGAUUUCUUUGGCUGGGAAAGGAACGCCGAAGGGUCCCAGAUGGUUGUUCCUGAAACACUUAUAGGGGGCCUAGCAGGACUUAAGAUCAUCUAACUAGGGGAGUCCAUGUGCAAUGGGAACUUCAGUUUGUCUGUACUUGGAGGUUAAGAGGAGUGUCUUUCUUAUUCAUUGACGUUGAUUAUUUUACAUUCGAUACCGUGGAUAUGAUCAAAUACCUACUUUGAGCCAGCUGUGUAGAUGUUUACUCCAUCCCAGUACCUGAUAUGACUCUAGCGAGGCGCACCUCAACAC